AUGGGGCAGCAGCUUCCAACGGAUGCAAAGCGGCAGCAGCAAAAGUGGCAGCCACCCGUGGCUUCUGACAUAGGCAAGAAGAAGAAGCGACACGGCCCGGACUCGGCGGCAAAGUUGCCAAAGAUAUAUCCAGUGAAGGCCUGCCUUCUCAAGCAGCUCCGACUGGAGAGAUGCAAAGACUAUCUGCUACUUGAGGAGGAGCUGCUUAAAACGAUUGGAGCACGGCGGGAGGCGCAAGAGAACCUGGAGGAGGGCGCCAUGUCACAUUAUGAGGCUGAGCUCAGUAAGGUGGACGCAUUGCGUGGGAUGCCGCUGGAGGUGGGUACACUUGAGGAGGUUAUUGAUGAUACACACGCCAUUGUAUCCACCACAGGAUCGGAGUAUUAUGUUCCUAUGCUUUCAUUUGUUGACAAGGAGAAGCUAGAGCUUGGCUGCAGUGUUCUACUGCAUGACCGCCAACACAAUAUUGUGGGUGUAUUACAGAAUAACGCUGAUCCACAUGUGAGUGUCAUGAAAGUGGAAAAAGCACCAGAUGAGACGUAUGCUGACAUUGGUGGCCUAGAGGAACAAAUUCAGGAAAUUAAGGAGGCUGUGGAGUUCCCGUUGUCCCACCCCGAGCUGUACGACGAGGUGGGGGUAAAACCACCGAAAGGCGUCAUACUUUACGGGGUACCUGGCACUGGAAAGACACUCCUUGCCAAGGCGGUGGCGAAUCAAACGAGUGCGACGUUCCUGCGUGUGGUAGGGUCUGAACUUAUUCAAAAGUAUUCAGGUGAGGGACCAAAGUUGGUGCGGGAGUUGUUCCGUGUGGCAGAGGAAAACAGCCCUUCGAUUGUCUUUAUUGAUGAAAUUGACGCCAUUGGUACCAAACGAUACGACACCGACAGCAGCGGGGCGAAGGAGGUACAACGCACCAUGCUGGAGUUAUUGACACAACUUGAUGGAUUUGACAGCUGUAAUGAUGUAAAGGUCAUUAUGGCGACAAAUCGUAUUGAGACACUUGAUCCGGCGCUUAUUCGCCCUGGUCGUAUUGACAGAAAGAUUGAGUUUCCCUUUCCUGACGAGAAGACGAAAAAAAUGAUUUUUGAGAUUCAUACCAGUCGUAUGUCGCUAGCAGAGGAUGUGGAUAUUUCUGAGUUUAUCCACGCCAAGGAUGAAAUGAGUGGGGCGGACAUUAAAGCCAUAUGCACGGAGGCCGGUUUGUUGGCGUUGCGAGACCGGCGCAUGAAGGUGUGUCAGGCGGACUUCGUCAAGGGCAAAGAAAAUGUGCAGUACAGGAAGGACAAGAGCAGCUUCUCAAAGUUUUACCUCUGA